CCCAUUUGUACAACUAUGUAAAUUUUUUGUUUGUAAUUUUUGAAAAUUACCUUUAAUGACAUGAGUGAACUUUCCCUAAAUUCAUGAUUUGUGUGCAAAGUGAUAAAAGUAGGUUGGGCAAGAACUUUUUGACGCCUCAGCGGCAUUAAAUAAUGUUAUAUACUUACUAGGGCACACUUCGUGUGUUUUUGAACACUUCUGUAUAUAUGAUCAGUCCAUUGUAUGUACAGAGCAGACUAGAAUGAUAUGCAAGAAGGCUUAAUAAACUAUGUUCACGUUUCAUCAUUGUGCAUGCCACUUUCCAAGCAUUCUCCUUUGUGUUUGACAUCUGUGCAUAUCAUCCAGGCUUACAAAUGUAUCUUGAAUGGGUCUUUCUUGACUUAAUUUUCAAAAGGCAUUCUUGUCUUUGAGCUUGAUAUUUUGCUGCUUGAUUCAUUGAGUGAGUUGUAUAAUGCAUAGAAUUCAGUGCAGGAGCCUGGGCUUCAGAGCCUAAGUGCAGAACCAAGGGCAGCUACUGAUUUCAACUCCCAGCAACUUGCUGCAGAUCUUUUAUGGAAUGAUGUGCUGCACUCUUGCUCACGUUGUGCAGACCUUGUCGCUAAUGCUUCUCUAUUCCUUUUUAAUUCCCUCUGUUUAACAAGUGAUGCAGAAUACUGAGAUCUCUCUUGUGUUUAUGUUUACAUGCUGUAGUUUUGUCCAUAAUGGCUGCCUAUGAACUAGCUCAACCUUUUGCCAUUCCGAGUUGAAAUCUCCUUUCUUGACACUUUCAGGAUGUGCCGAUCCAGGGUUCAUUCACGCCAAGAAGGAGCUUCCAGAUUCCAGUAGUGAUGAGUCCGAAGCAGUGUCCACGGAUGAUGCCUUGCAGGUGACAGGUAGUCAGGAAGACAAUGAACGCAUCGGCGAAGGCGGUGUUCAGUACGAAUGCGAACUCUGCAAAGAAGCCUUCGACACGCACGAUGUCUUUCUCCAGCACUCCGUUGUGCACAGGAAGGAGUGGCCAUUUUGGUGUAGCCUCUGCGGUGCCAAUUUUCCGCGUCGUUUAGAGAUGGUGGAGCACGAGAAGACACAUCCGGACAAGCAUCAGCGACGCUGCCUGGUCUGCAGCAAGGUCUUCGGCCAUCGCACUCUGCUGCGAGAUCAUAUGCGGAAUCACAACACCAGAUACACCAACUUGAACUGCAACCUGUGUCCCAUGGAGUUCAGCACAAAGCUGCAGCUUUCAAGGCAUCUCGGCAGCCACAAGAGAAGCGUGCGCCUGCUGUGCCAACAUUGCGGCGCUGCCUUCGUCCAGAAGGCGUCGCUCAUUGAACACUGCAAAAUUCACAUCUCCAAUGCUGUCGAGAACCACAAGUGUCCUCACUGCCCUGAUACCUUCACGCUCCAGUGCGACCUGACCGAGCACCUGAAGACUCACACAGCAGAGCGGCCUUUCGUCUGUGACCUCUGCGGAAAGGGAUUCGUGCAGCACUUUCAGUUGGUCACCCACAGCCGGAAAUGCACAGAGCGGUCAUACAUUCCACCAUCGCUACCGUAGGUGUGUGCCUUGAAACACACUUCC